UUGGGCUCACUCCUCAUUUCAAUUUUCGAGACUCCUACGGCAGCAGCAGCUUCCCGGCUUCGACAUGACCACAACUUCCUCGAGGAUGUCAUAAAAAGACCCAGCAACUUCCGAGUCUCGGACGACACCGGCGCCUCUGAUGCUCAGAUCAACAUCGUGGGCCACACCGCCGUCGGCCUCGACCUUGGAAGCCAGAUCGUCAUCGGCAUGGUCGAAGAGCAGCCCCAACGCGCGAUUGCGAUGGACCCCGCUCAAUUGCCUUCUACUAUAGCAGGAGAUCCAGACGAUCACACCGUCGCUGUCCCCGGACCUGCCCUCAUCGCUUUCAUGUUAUCCGACCAUGGCUUUUACGAGCAAUCACUGUCUGUCUCUCACGCCCUGUAUAUUCGCCGAUUCGUACCCCAGUCGAGAAAUCUCCCAAUAAGAUUCGGCCGCCUUGAGAAGUGUCACCCUGGACCUGGACUUUCAAAGCCGCAUGCGCGGAACUGGGGCAGCCUGACCGGGAAGGCUCUGGAGAAGGCACACGCCGUGGUCACGAAGUUCGUCCGCUACGAAGUGCGGUUUUCAACCCAGGACUCCCGCGACAUCGUGGGCGGUAGCGUACAUCCCGCGGAGCUCCCGCAGCCACCUACCCGCUCACCCGUACGAGCGCUUCUGCUCCAGAGCCAUGCCGACUCUUAA